AUGGUACAUAUACCUUUCCUUGGGCGCUUGAAUCUGAGUGAGUAUGCCGCCCUUGUUGGGUCGUUUUUCCUUGUAGGGCUGGAGGCGUUGUUUAGAAUAUUUACUCUGGCAUUACCCACAUCAAUAAUCAAUCUUUUGUAUCGAGCUUCUCGACGUCUGUUUAAUCGGUUUACCUCACCUGCCGAAAAGAAAUCUGCCACUCGAAAAGAGGACCUCUCGACUUCUAUUCGGAAUGCUUCAGAUUUUGUGGACAUCUGUGAACUAUAUGGCUAUUAUGCCGAGGAGCAUAUCGUCCAAACAGAAGAUGGCUACCUCCUAGGACUGCAUCGCCUAGCAUGGCGUAGAGGCGAAGAAAAUCGAAAAGUAAACCAGGGAGCAAACAGUCUCAAGAAGAACGUGAUCUACAUGCACCACGGGUUACUGAUGAACAGCGAAGUGUGGGUCUGCCUCACAGAUGAGGAGAGGUGUUUGCCUUUUAAGCUGGUAGAGAAGGGAUAUGAUGUUUGGCUUGGCAACAACCGUGGAAACAAAUACUCCAAAAAGUCCGUUCACCAUUCCCCGACAGACACGGCCUUUUGGGACUUCUCGAUGGAUGAAUUUGCAUUUCACGAUAUUCCAAACAGCAUCAGCUACAUCCUCCAAACCACCUCGGCGCCAUCCCUAUCCUAUAUUGGAUUUUCUCAAGGAACAGCUCAAGCAUUUGCGGCUUUGGCUGUUCACCCUAAACUUAAUGACCAGGUCAAUGUCUUCAUCGCCCUCGCUCCCGCCAUGUCACCAGCUGGCCUUUCUAAUGGUAUCGUCGACGCUCUGACCAAAGCAUCGCCACAAGUCAUAUUUUUGCUUUUCGGGCGCCGCUCUAUACUUAGCUCGGCAAAUAUGUGGCAAGCCGUACUCUACCCGCCAAUCUUCGUCCGCGCAAUAGACCACGGCCUAUCAUUUCUCUUCGGCUGGCAUGCCCGCAACAUUUCCACCAGCCAAAAGCUCGCCGCUUACCCUCAUCUUUACUCUUUCACAAGUACAAAAAGUGUGGUACAUUGGUUUCAGAUAAUCAGAACAAAGAGCUUUCAAAUGUACGAUGACGAUGUCCAGCCGGUCAUCCCACUGAGUAGCACAAGCAAAUAUACCAAGGUUGCAAAAUUUCCCACUCGUAACAUUAAAACGCCUGUCGUUUUGGUCUACGGGGGAAGCGACUCCUUGGUUGAUAUUAAAGUUAUGCUGAAGGAGCUCCCCUCUCAUACAGUCGCGACCGAGAUUCCGCACUACGAGCAUCUCGACUUCCUCUGGGCACGAGAUGUAGAUACUUUGGUCUUCCCUCAUGUGUUCGAUGCAUUAGAAAGCUUCGUCGAUGCAGAGCAUACCCAAGAAGAAUACGAUCGGUAUCGCAGUGCUCGUCAUGUUUCUCUAGGGGUAGGAGCAAAUAGGCCGGCUAUAACAUAUAUGAGUGAGGAUGAUGGUAGCAGCCCAACUACGGGUACGAGUAGCUACGUCGUGACGAGCAGGGUACCUGGGUUGGGUGCUAAUUCGUUUUCGUCCGCCCAACGACCCAGCAGCUCCAGGGAAGGAGCACCAAAAAAGACAAAGACUCAACUGAGCGAGUAUGAAGACUCAUCGGAAGGAUCAUCACCAAUUAUGCCUAUAUAUACAAACAAUAAAGGGAACCCGAGCUUAGCGAACGGCCUGCGAAAGGUCCGCCGGGGAAGUGGUGGGAGCAAUAUCAGUUUUGAGACCAACGGCCUUCGAGGGAUCAAUAUUGGCGCUGGAAGGGCUGUAAGUGGUGUUGUGAAGACCGAAAUGGCGGGGGCAUUGAUGGGGAGCUCUGAUGACAGCGGGUCUGUUGGUGGAAAACGGAAGAAGGGAUGA